AUGAACCCCUCCUCGGCCCCGGGGCCGGAUGGCCUGCCCGUAACGUUCUUCAAAACGUUCUGGCCGACCAUCAACCCGAAGGUCAUGGCCCUGUUUGAGGAAUUCUACUCGGGCGCCAUGGAUCUUGGGCGUCUUAACUAUGGAAUCGUUACCCUCAUCCCCAAGGUCCCGGGCGCCUCCGACAUCCGCCAGUUUCGUCCAAUCACAGUGAUUAAUGUGAUAUGUGAUAUUCCGGAUCUUGGCCAAAGGGUACGCCAAUGGGUGACCCUGCUCGCUGACGCGAUUACCCAUCCGAACCAAUCCGCCUUCAUACAAGGCCGAUUUAUUCUGGAUGGUGUGCUGGUAUUCCACAAAGUCCUCCACGAGGUCCGGAUGAAACGCCAUUGGUCGGUCUUUCUGAAGCUAGACUUCCACAAAGCGUACGACAUGGUCCACUGGCCCUUCUUGCGGGAAGUGUUGCUUCGCAAGGGCUUUGACGACCAUUGGGUGACUCGCAUCAUGCAGCUUGUCCCCUGUGGCCAGACCGUUGUGAACAUCAACGGUGACACUGGGCCCUACUUCCCCACCCUUUGUGGGAUCCGUCAGGGUGACCCGUUCUCGCCGUUCCUAUUCAACAUGGUGGUUGAUGCCCUGGCAUCCAUCCUUGAUAAGGCCAAGGAUGAUGGCCAUAUCCGCGGCAUCGUCCCCCACCUAGUCAGAGGGGGAGGGGUCUCCCUCCUUCAAUAUGCGGAUGAUACCAUAAUAAUGGUGGAGGGUUCCGUCCAAGACAUUGCUAACCUGAAGUUCCUCCUCCUGUGCUUCCAACAGAUGUCGGGCCUAACCAUCAACUUCGAUAAGAGCGAAGUGAUGGUUCUUGGGUACCCCCCGGAGGAAGCACAGGCUAUUGCGGACCGACUAAAUUGUCUGUUGGGUUCUUUCCCCACGACUUACCUGGGGAUCCCCAUUAGUGACUCGCGCCUCACCGUGGCGGAUCUUCGCCCGACGGUGACCCGUUGCUCGUGUGAUCCUUAUCAACUCCUCCUUGCCAGCCUUCUAUGGUUCCUCAUGAGCUUCUAUAGCCUCCAUGAGACCCUCCAUCAGGAGAUCGCCAAAUACCAAUCCAGAUUCUUCUGGGCUGGGGAGGGGGAUAAGCAGAAGUACCAUAUGGUAAGCUGGCCCGAUAUCUGCAAACCCAAGGACCAGGGCGGUCUUGGGAUCUUGUCCUCCCGACGCAUGAACAUUGCCCUCCUGACCCGUUGGCUCUGGCGCAUUGCCAAUGGCGAUGGAGGCCUUUGGCUCACCAUCAUCCAGAACAAGUACCUUCGAGGACAGCCUCUUGCAUUCUGUCAGCGCUCGGGCGGCUCCCAGUUUUGGCAGGCCGUCGUCCAGCUGCUUCCUGUGCUUCGCAUUGGCACAUCCAUCUCGGUUGGUACUGGGUCCACGACCCUGUUCUGGUUUGAUCGGUGGAUUGGCGACCCCCUGGCCGCACAAUUUCCGGAGCUCUUCGCCAUUGCAGUUGACCCUCGUGUCUCUGUCGAGACGGCCCUUAUUGACUUAGGGCGCCUCACUUUCCGCCGCCCCUUUGGCCCGCCUGAAGUAGCCGCUUGGGAUGCCCUCCUUCAGGACAUCGCCCUCCUCCCUAUGAACGUCGCCGACACCCCGGACGCCAUCUCUUGGCGUCUGGAACCGUCCGGCUGCUUCUCCACCAAAUCACUCUACGCGGCCAUCGCCCCCUCGACGGGCCCCGAGCCCUUUAGUUUGAUUUGGGACAUUCGCCUGCCCCUGAAGAUCAGGAUCUUCCUGUGGCAAUGGAUGCGAGGCCGCCUCCCGUCCGGCGUGGAGGUCCUUAAGCGUAAUGGACCUGGUGAUGGGAUGUGCCCCCUAUGCGGCACGGCCGAGGAUGCUAACCACAUCUUCUUCUCGUGCUCCACGGCUCAGUUCCUUUGGUCCUGUUUCCGCGAGACGGUUGGGGGCCAGUGGUGCAACACCAACUUCCCUGACCUGCUUGCAGAAAUUCACGCCUCCCCCCUCGCUACCGCCAUAUUAGAUGGCUUUGCGUUGGGGUCCUUGCCUGGACGCUUUGGACCGUCCGCAAUAAGCUUGUCAUACAGAAGGUGCCUCUUCGACGUGCUACUGACGCCAUCUUUAAAAUGUGUGGAUACUUGCAGCUCUGGCGGCCGCUUGGCCCCCCCAGGACCGGGACGUCAUCAACAACCUCCUCGCCGACCUUCGAUCGAUGGCCUUCCGCUUGGCGCCCGCUUCCCCCCCCCCCCCCCCCCCCCCCGCGGAGCCCGACUAGAUGCUCUGCCGCACCCCGCGUGUGCGUGCUUUUUUGUUUUUUCAGGGCUUGUUGAGCUGUGCCCUCAGCAUUAACCCUUUAACUACCUGUCUGUACUAGACCUUUGUGUGUGUGUGUGUUUGAACUUUGUUGGAUGUUUGGCUUGGGCAGUUGCUUUAUAAUAUAAAGCGGGGCGAAAGCCUUUUUCGGUAAAUUCUUUUUCUCCACAAGGAUUCCUCAAUCACACGGAUUGGUCAGUUCAAUCUGCAAAGCAAUUAAGUGAGGCCAGCAUAACCAAAAUGGAGUACAUAAAAAGUUUUGUAGUAUAAGAAUAUCACUCCAUUUAUCUUUGUUCACUCUAGAAGUUCUAUAGUAUAAGAAUAUCACUCCUUUUAUCUUUUUUUAGUAAGAUCACUGCAUUUAUCUUUGCUCUCUCUA